CCUUGGCAAUGUCGCAUCACCCGGCGGGGCCGAGGACCCCGUGUGGUGCUGAAGGAUGUGCCUGCAGGCGCUUGUAACGUUCGCGGUAAAAAUAUAUUAUUAACAUCUACCGAAGGACAGGUCUGAAUCCAAUAAUUCCCGCAUCUUGCAUUAGAAGCAGACCCGCGCUUACAUACAGAGAGGAUAACGUCGGAGUGUUUUUGCUUUUAAGUUAACGGUCGGUAGUUGGCGCCAAAUUUCAAACUGAGCGGCGGCGCUCGAGCGGCGCGGAGUUUACAGCAACAAAUCCACCCGAGCAGCGGCGGAGCGGCGUGUAGCCGAGGGGGAAGAUGUACAUCAAGUCGAUCAUCAUCGACGGCUUCAAGUCGUACGCGCAGAGAACCGAGAUCAACGGCUUCGACCCGCUCUUCAACGCCAUCACCGGCCUGAACGGCAGCGGCAAGUCCAACAUCUUGGACUCCAUCUGCUUCCUGCUGGGCAUCAGCAACCUGUCACAGGUACGAGCCUCAAACCUUCAGGAUUUGGUCUACAAAAACGGACAAGCUGGGAUUACAAAAGCCACUGUAUCAAUAACCUUUGACAACAGUGACAAAAAACAAAGUCCUCUGGGCUUUGAGACUCACGAUGAGAUUACAGUUUCAAGACAGGUGAUAAUUGGUGGGAGAAACAAGUACCUAAUUAAUGGUGUGAAUGCAAACAACACCAGAGUGCAAGAUCUAUUCUGUUCAGUGGGCCUGAAUGUCAACAACCCUCAUUUCCUCAUCAUGCAGGGUCGUAUCACUAAGGUUUUGAACAUGAAACCCAUGGAGAUCUUAUCGCUGAUUGAAGAAGCAGCAGGGACCAGUAUGUAUGAGUGCAAGAAGUUAGCUGCCCAGAAAACAAUUGAGAAAAAAGAGGCCAAGUUGAAAGAAAUCCACAUGAUUUUAGAAGAGGAAAUUACUCCCACUCUUCAGAAACUGAAGGAGGAAAGAUCUUCUUAUUUGGAAUUCCAGAAAAUAAUACGUGAAAUAGAACAUCUUACUCGUCUGUAUGUUGCACAUCAGUUUGUAUGUGCAGAGGAGACCAAACUGCGCUCAGCUGAAGGUCUAAAAAAAAUGCAAGACAGUAUUGUAGGAUUUAAAGAAACUCUUACACAGAAUGAAAAGAAAGUGAAGGAAAUUAGCAAAGAAGUCAGUGAGCUGGAGAAGAUCCGAGAUAAGGAAGUUGGUGGGGUUCUUCAGGCCCUGGAACAGGCGGUUGCCAAUGCUCAUCGAAUGGAUGCCAAAGUGCAAAGUACGCUGGAUUCCAAGAAAGAUAGUCUCAAAGCUGAAGAAAAGAAAUGGAAAACACUUGAGAAAAGUAUGGAGGAGGAUGGUAAUACUCUUGCAGCAAAAGAGAAGGAAGUGAAGAAGAUUUCAGAUGAACUGCACUCCCUAGAGGAGACAAGCCAGAAAGAUGACAAGGUUCUGGUCGUUGCUCAGCAGCACUUUAAUGCAGUUUCUGCUGGUCUUUCCAGUAAUGAAGAUGGGGAGGCAGCUACACUUGCUGGGCAGAUGAUGGCUUGUAAAAAUGAUAUAAGCAAGGCUGAAACGGAGGCCAAACAGGCUCAAAUGAAGUUGAAACAUGCCCAACAGGAAUAUAAAAGUAAACAGGCUGAAGCAAAGAAACUAGACAAUGGGUACAAGAAAAACCAGGAGGCCUUUGAAGCUGUUAAAAAGAACAGAGAUAAGAUUGAAGCAGAAAUGCAGAAGCUGAAUUAUGAAGAUGGGAAAGAAGAGAAAAUUUUGGAACAACGUCGAGCGUUGUCACAAACUGUGAACAAGCUGAGAGAGUCUUAUGAAUCCUUGGUAGUGAAAUUUCCUAGUUUGAGUUUUGAAUACACAGAUCCUGAAAAAAAUUGGGACUCUGAUCGUGUGAAAGGUCUUAUCGCCACUCUUCUCUCUGUGAAGGAUAUUUCCACAGCCACUGCUUUAGAAGUGGUUGCUGGAGGACGUCUAUAUAAUGUUGUGGUGGACACAGAGGUAACUGGUAAAAAACUUUUAGAAAAGGGAGAGCUUAAAAGAAGAUAUACCAUUAUACCACUCAACAAAAUCUCUGCCAAAUGUCUUAAUGAAGGCGUUGUUAAGGCAGCCAAAAAUCUGGUGGGUGCAGACAAUGUACACACAGCUUUAUCCCUGGUAGGAUAUGAGCAAGAAUUAAAGAAAGCAAUGGAGUAUGUUUUCGGGACUGUGUUAGUGUGUGACUGUUUGGAAAAUGCCAAGAAAGUGACCUUUGAUCCAAGGAUAAUGACAAAGACAGUCACUAUUGGUGGUGAUACGUUUGAUCCACAGGGAACAUUAAGUGGAGGUGCUCGGUUGCAGUCUGCCUCUGUGCUGGUUGAACUCCAAAAGGUGAAGGAUAUUCAGGUUGAGCUCAAAACCAAACAAAAUGAGUUGCAGAAAGUGGACAAGGAGCUGGGGAGUCUAAAGAAUAUUGCAGAAAGAUACCGAGAAUUGAAGUUACAAUGCGAGUUGAAAUCUCAAGAGGAAGAAUUAUUGUUAGUAAAGCUUCAGCAGAGCUCUUACCACAGGCAGCAGGAGGAGCUUAAAUCCCUUCAAGAAACAAUUGCUGAAUGUGAAGAAACACUUAACAAUACAAAAGAAGUGCAAAAAAAGAUUGAAGAAAAAUAUGCUGUUUUAGAAAAUAAGAUGAAAAAUGCUGACGCUGAGAGGGAAAAAGAAUUGAAGGAAGCUCAGAAGAAACUUGAUGUUGCCAAAAAGAAGGCUGACAUGUCCAUUAAGAAGACAAAAGGAAAAAAACAGGAAAUGGAUGCUCUGCUUUUAGAACUAGAAGCAAUGAAGAAUGAGCAGACUGGAUAUGAAGAGCAGAUUGAGGCUGUGGGGGCAGCCAUCAAAUCUUACAAGGAGCAGAUUGAAAACAUGGCUGAAGAAGUGGCAAAUAAUAAGGAAGCUGUAAAGAUGGCUCAGGAUAAGCUGGCUAAGCAAAAGGAAGCUAUAAAAUCUCAGAACAAGGACAUUCAAAUAAAAAACAACUCUAUAUCAGAUUUAGUGAAAGAGAAGAAUGAAGCUCAGUUGAAAAUCCAGGAACUGGAACACAACAUUACUAAACAUAAAUGUGAGACUGCUGAUGCUGCUGCUAAAGUGACUAAGAUGCAGAAAGAGUACGAAUGGAUUAAUUCUGAAAAGCAUCUCUUUGGCCAGACUAACACAGUCUAUGAUUUUAAAACAAAUUCCCCAAAAGAAGCGGGCCAGCAGCUGAAGGAACUACAGGAAAAGAAAAAUAAGCUUGGAAAAAAUCUUAAUAUGAGGGCAAUGAACAUGCUGAGCCAGGCUGAGGAGCGGUACAAUGAUUUAAUGAAGAAGAAAAGAAUAGUGACAAAUGACAAAUCUAAAAUUCUUUCAACUAUUGAAGAGCUAGACAAGAAGAAAAAUGAUGCUUUGAAUGUAGCGUGGAAACAGGUAAACCAAGAUUUUGGCUCCAUUUUCUCCACACUGCUUCCUGGCUCAAAUGCCAUGUUGGUUCCUUCUGAAGGCAAAACUAUUCGCGAUGGAGUAGAAUUCAAAGUAGCUCUUGGAGAUGCUUGGAAAGAAAAUCUCACUGAACUUAGUGGUGGCCAAAGGUCACUUGUGGCGCUCUCUCUGAUUCUGGCCAUGCUGCUUUUCAAGCCUGCUCCGAUUUAUAUUCUGGAUGAAGUGGAUGCAGCCUUGGACCUCUCUCAUACCCAGAAUAUCGGGCAAAUGCUGCGAACACAUUUCCGGCAUUCUCAGUUUAUCGUGGUGUCGUUGAAAGAUGGUAUGUUCAGUAAUGCCAACACCUUAUUCAAAACAAAGUUUGUGGAUGGUGUGUCAAUGGUCACAAGAUUUGCACAGACUCAACAUGGUUCUGUAAUAUCCAAUCAUCUUCCUGGCCAACGAGAUAAUGCAAAAAAAACGAAAGACAAGAAGAAAAGACUGCACAUUUAGGGCUACAGUCUGUCCAAGCUCGAGCAAUGCGGUAUAGAUUUAUGCACACUGUCUUCCAUAUAUGUAAUAUUGUACAGCAGUGACUUUCCUUUCCCUUUAUACUUUUCUGAUCUUUUUACAUGUUUUCAAAUUUCAAAUAAACUUUUGAAUGGUGUUUUUUUCUAUAAUUAUGUAAACUUUUCAUCUACAAUAAUAACAUUAAAAAUAAAUAA